AUCCAACCUUCCUGACAGCCGCAGCCUCUAGUUCUCCUUCGAGUGGUUCAUGAGUAAAUCAGAAGUGGAAAGCAACAGGAAGAAGUUGACACUGGGUUACUGUAGCAACAAUGUCACAGCUGUAUUACCGGAAAACUGACAACUCCUCAUACAGGGACCGCAUCCCUCUGCGGAUCGUGCGGGCCGAAUCCGAGCUCUCUGCUCUGGAAAGAGCUUACCUGGGGGCUGUUGAGAAGGGGGACUAUGCCAGUGUGAAACAAGCCCUGGAGGAGGCUGAGAUCUAUUUCAGAAUCAACAUCGACUGCAUCGACCCCCUUGGACGCACAGCCCUGCUCAUUGCCAUUGAAAAUGAGAAUCUGGAGAUCAUUGAGCUGCUGCUCAGUUAUAAUGUAUAUGUGGGUGAUGCCCUGCUACAUGCCAUCCGUAAAGAAGUAGUGGGGGCUGUGGAGCUGCUGCUCAACCACAAGAAGCCACGAGGAGAAAAACAGGUCCCACCAAUUCUGCUGGACAAACAGUUUUCAAACUUCACCCCAGACAUCACUCCAAUCAUCCUUGCAGCCCAUACCAACAACUAUGAGAUCAUCAAACUGCUUGUGCAGCGAGGGGUUUCCAUACCUCAGCCACAUUCUGUACGCUGCAACUGCAUGGAGUGUGUGUCCAGCUCAGACGUGGAUGGCCUGCGUCACUCACGCUCUCGUCUUAACAUCUACAAGGCCCUAUCCAGCCCGUCCCUCAUCGCCCUCUCCAGCGAGGAUCCUUUCCUCACGGCUUUUCAGCUCAGCUGGGAGUUGAAGGAGCUCAGUACAGUGGAAAACGAGUUCAAGUCAGAGUAUGAAGAGCUGUCCCGUACUUGUAAACAAUUUGCAAAAGACCUCUUGGACCAGACCCGAAGCUCUAAAGAGUUGGAAAUAAUCCUCAACUACCGUGAUGACAUCAAUCCUCUGCUGGAUGAGAAUGGAAAUGAUCUGGCACGACUGAAGCUAGCUAUCAAAUAUUGCCAGAAAGAGUUUGUCGCUCAGCCCAACUGUCAGCAGCUGCUGGCGUCUCGGUGGUAUGAUGAGUUCCCAGGCUGGAGGCGGCGUCACUGGGCAGGAAAGCUCAUCACAUGUAUCUUCAUUGGCCUCCUCUUUCCACUGUUAUCUAUCUUCUACCUGAUCUCUCCCAAGAGCCGCUAUGGUCUAUUCAUCCGUAAGCCUUUCAUCAAGUUCAUCUGUCACACUGCUUCCUACCUGACUUUCCUCUUCCUGCUCUUCCUGGCCUCGCAGCAUAUAGCCUCUGCACAACAGGACUUUCAGGGUCCAGCACCCACCACUGUGGAAUGGAUGAUCUUGCCUUGGGUGCUUGGCUUUAUAUGGACUGAGAUCAAACAGAUGUGGGAUAGUGGUUUCCAAGACUACAUAGAUGACUGGUGGAACUUAAUGGACUUCAUAAUGAACUCCUUGUAUCUUGCAACCAUCUCUCUGAAGAUUGUUGCCUAUGCAAAGUACAGUGGGUACAAAGACAGAGAGUGCUGGGAAAUGUGGCACCCAACUUUAGUGGCAGAGGCAUUGUUCGCUAUCGCCAACAUCUUCAGCUCCCUGCGUCUCAUCUGCCUUUUCACUGCCAACUCCCAUCUCGGACCCUUACAGAUCUCACUGGGUCGCAUGCUUCUGGACAUCCUCAAGUUCCUCUUCAUCUACUGUCUAGUGCUUUUAGCCUUUGCCAAUGGCCUCAACCAGCUGUACUUUUAUUAUGAAACAGAUGAGGAAAAUAAAUGCAAGGGCAUCCGCUGUAGUGAGCAAAACAACGCCUUCUCAACGCUGUUCGAGACACUACAGUCAUUAUUUUGGUCUGUGUUUGGCCUGAUUUCCCUCUAUGUGACCAAUGUGAAACCACCACAUGAAUUCACUGAGUUUGUGGGCUCUACCAUGUUUGGCACAUACAACGUUAUUUCCCUGGUAGUGCUUCUGAACAUGCUAAUUGCAAUGAUGAACAACUCAUACCAGCACAUAGCUGAUCAUGCAGAUAUAGAGUGGAAAUUUGCAAGAACAAAAUUAUGGAUGAGCUAUUUUGAAGAAGGGGGGACUUUGCCAUCUCCAUUUAAUAUAAUACCCAGUCCAAAGUCAGUUUUUUAUCUAAUUGGAUGGAUAAAGACUUAUUUGUUUAGGAGACCAAGCAUAAAACGGCAUGAAACCUUUGAAACCCUGGGGAGACGUGCAGCUGAAAAUGUAAGAUUAAACCAUGAGUACCAGGAGGUUUUGAGGAACCUUGUGAAACGUUAUGUGGCCGCAAUGAUCAGAGAUGCCAAGACAGCAGAAGGGUUGACAGAAGAGAAUUUCAAGGAGCUUAAGCAGGAUAUCUCCAGCUUCCGCUACGAAGUCCUGGGAAUGAUGAAGGGUAAAUCUCAUGUAGCAAGUAAAGUUGCCAGCACCACCUUGGCAUACCCUGGAAACCCAUUCAAAUAUUCUCCCAAAUUCCCUGCUGAUGAGCCUAAACGGAAGCUAACCAUGUUUGAUGUGAUCACCACCACACUACAGAGUGGAGCUGCCAACACCACCAGCUCUGUUUGCUCCAACAGUCUACAAAGUGGUUCAGUUGUUCCAUCCAGUACUGGAAAGAGUCAGAAGGAGCUAUGUGAGGAUGACUCAGAUGCUCGGUCCUUCCAGAGACAGAGCAGACUUCCCUCUCAGAAAUGUGAUGAAAUAUAUUCAUUGUCAGAGGAAGAGUCAUCGGGAUCUGGUGGACAAAACCCAGAACAACUUCAGACUGAGAAAGUAAUUGUAGAAGUGGAGAGGAACAUUCAGGAGAUUGAACAUUCUUGCAUAGAGCACAUAACAGAAGUGAAAAAUGGGCCAAAAAAAUAUAAAAAUUAACCUGUCUGCAAGUUAGAGCAACAUUUUUGGAUUCCAUUUUUAAAGUUGCAUUCUUUCUUCUACCAGUUUUAAAAUAGUUUAUUAAAAUAAACUAAUUCUCUCAAGGUAAACAGUACUGUAGCUAAAUAGUAUAUUCACUUUGAAUAUUGUAUCCUGUCAUGUAUAAAAUGGUAUAAUAUUACAUUAUUUCACAUUAUAUUACAUGCAUUUAUCUCUGAUUGACAAGAAAUACAAAAAAAUAAGUGAGGAAUGACCUCAGUUAGUGCUGACUUGACGCUCAGGGAGUUGUGACACAGGUCAGUAUUUAAUGUUUGACCUUGAGCAAUUAAUUCCAAAAAAGCCAAGACACCCUGUUGCCUAUCCUCUACUCUUCCAUCCCCGAAUUGUUAUCUUAUGUGAUAUGCAAAAAUACUAUAUCUUAAAUAUUAGUGCUGAUAUGCUGAUAGUAUUCAGUUCAAAAACAAAAACAUUAUCACUGAGUAAAAACAUGUUUAUUUGUAUUUAAUGUGUUAUCUAAUUUAGUUAGAUUAUCUACUAUUAGAUUAGAUAAUUAUAUUAGUGAUGAGGAACAGUUUUAAUGGUAGAUAUUUUACUCCGCAGUUACCUCCCCUUUCUUUUGAGUGAGAGGGAAAGUUUCCCCCCUAGUUUUGUUGUUGGAGCACUAGAGACACCCAAUUUAAUCUUUAUGAGAUGCGCUGCAAAAUACAUUCCUCAAUCUCCUCAAUUGUUCUUGCAUCAGCAGUUAACCUUGCAACCUUAAAGGCAUAAGGACCUUCUGGCAAUGUGCUGCUUUUGUGCAAACUUGUGUCAUGUA